AUGACUCCCCGGGAGCACAUGAGGAAGAUGUCCAUCCUGGGGGAACAGGGAUCACUGGAGGAAAAGCACCUGUACCGGCUGGCAGGCAGCAUGGCAGCAGGAGAACUGCGGCAGCGGCAGGAGAUGCUGAUGAGGAACCAGCUGAUGGCAGUAAACCCGCAGCUGAUGGGGCCAGGCCAGCAGAGGAUGCAGGCGAUCCCCGCCCAGUUUGAGCCGCGACUGGUGGAGAGAGAUCUGCUACCUUCAACUGAAAUGAUGGCCUCAGCUGACCCCAGACAAAUCCACAUAGCAUCCCACCUGGGACCCACAGUCCCACAGCACCCCAACAUGCCAAACCUGUUGUCCAACCGUGUCUACCCAGGCCCAGGAUACAGCUUUCUGCAACCAGAAUCCAUGGAAGCUGUGGCCAGAAGACAAGAACUGGUUCAAAAGCAAAAUAUUGCCAGAAUGGAAAUGGAGAUGAGUGCUAUUUUUCAGCAAAAGGAAAUGGAGAAAGCCCAUCGGAAAGGACUCCUGGGCCUGGAAGCCCCUUUCCUUUACCACGGGAUGCCAGCAAGUCCCAUUGCUUUCCGUGGCAGGCACAGACUCCCUGAAGGGCACCUUGCCAACGACCUGUACGUCCAUCGGACCACCCUGGAUGAGAUCCAUGGCAACACCAUGCUCAUGGCAAGCAGCCCGUACCCGCCGGUCACCACCCUGCAAAGGGAGAGGGGGCGCCGCCCAGGGAGAAGAGCUGGAAAUCACAAAACUGCCGAGGGCAGUGCCAACGGCACAAAGAACCAGGCAGAUGACAAAUCCACAGACUCUGCCUCAGCUGCAGUGGAUGAGGAGAAAGAAGAAAAGAAGGAAAUAGAGGUGGAGAUGCCAAACAAACACGAGCAGAGCAAAAACCAGACUGAGCCAGCAGUAGUUGCCAAAAACUGCAAAGAGUUUGAACAAGGUUUGAGAAAAAACUGUGCUACUCAUGAAAUUCCAACUGAAACCACCAGCUGCAGCAACACUAAUGAGAAGGAAGUCAAUAGCUCCUGUGCUGCUUUUGAUGACAAGUACCUGUACCCUUCUGCAAUCCCAUUCUCAGCAUUACCAUAUGGAUUUCCAGUGCCCAACAACCCAUUGCUACCUUCAGGAGCCCAUGGCCUGAUCCUGAAUGGAGAAGACAUUUCUUCUGUCGAAGACAUUCGCAAAUGGACAGUUGAUGAUGUGCACAACUUCAUUGCCAGUCUCCCAGGCUGCUCAGAUUAUGCCCAGAUAUUUAAAGACCAUGCUAUUGAUGGAGAAACCCUUCCACUGCUAACAGAGGAACAUCUCCUGGAUACAAUGGGAUUAAAACUUGGACCAGCAUUAAAAAUCCGCUCUCAGGUGUCCCGACGUCUGGGCAAUGUGUUCUACAUGAUGAAUGUCCCUCUGUCCGUGCCCCUGCCUCCUGCUGCAGGGAAACCUUCAGAGCAGCCCUCUGACAUGGCCUCCCCUCUGCACUGCAACAGCAACGGUGACACCCUGGACAGUCCCUGCUCCCAGGACCCAGAAACCUCCCAAGCAGUGGAACAGAUGGUUUCAGAAAGCAGGGAAAAUCCAUGUGACACAGCUGGAUCCCAGGCUGACUUCCAGAUGACUGCUUUCCAGAAAAGUUGAGCAAAGUCCAGGACAUAACAUGUUUUUAAUAAUCCAGGAACCUCUAGUUACAAAGUGUUUGAGAAGAAGCUACAGCCUGAAACCUCAGUAAGGCUGGGGCUGAAGGAAAUAAAUUGUCAAUGCAGCAUGAGGAAGUAUCUGAAAGGCAUUCAGAAAUGCAGCUACAGGUUACUGCAAUUACUUUCAAGUGCAAUUCAUUGAAAAGAAUACCAGUAGAGUUAACAGGUAAAUUGAAUUUUUCAUUGAUGUCCAGGGUUAUCACUGAAAGCUGUCAGAGACUCAGAGUGCACUGUGUGCCGUGCAGUGUGUUCCAGUGGGCAGCUGAGAAACUAUAUGGAAAGGUCACAGCUUCCAAACAUAGCUGACUUCUGCUUCUGUUGAACAAAAUUUAUACAGAACAUUCAUAUGGAAUUCAUUGGGACAGUAUGGAACUGCCUACAGAAUAGAGACAAAUAUACCCUAGACUCAGCAGUUUGAGUUAAUCCAUUGCUGCUCCAGAACUAAGCCUUUAUAAGUGCCUGGCAAGGCUAUAGAGCUUAUAAAGAUACACAGAUUGAACAUGAAAAUACCAUGCGUGACAGCAAUUUUAAUUAUUCCAAAGCACUCUUAUCACCAGAGCUGGAAUUUGCUUUUCGUGACUGCAAGCUGAGAUGAGUCACAAGCCCCUGCCACUAAGGCCAGUCACUGGGACAGUGACACUCCUUGCAGGCAGCAGGCUCAAAACCACAAGGUUCCUGCCAGCCUCUGCCAGAGCACCCUUCCCAUCAGCUCACCUGGGCAAGCUAUGGAAAGCCCUUCCCUCAGCACCACGUUCAGUGUUCUUCACUUUGGAAGAGGCCAUCAGUUUAGCCUGAGAGCUCCCUGUUCUCUGGAAGAAUAUGGUUUCUCCUCACUUCUGCUACUGAUGAGUCAUUAUCUCACAGCAAACAAGGACAUGAAAUAGAGCUUUUAGCUAAGGACAAAUCCCCAGCAUUUAUUGUGAUUCCUGCGUGACUUAUCCUUGCUCCCUUUUUAGGGGUUUGGUCCUACACUGGUUUUCCAUGCAGACUUUGGAAGUUGGUAUACUUCCACUCUCCUCCCUCAAGAACUCUUCUUUCUUCUAGAGGACACACAAAUGUCUUUGACAAAAUCUAGUUCUGAAAUUGAGGGUUGAUAGAUUGCGGACCUGCUGUAUGUUGCUACUUUAGAUUCUCUCCCCUUUGUUUAGUUUGUGUGGCCUCAAGUACUGAAACCCCAAGAGGUAUGAAGCUGUUUAGAUGGUGAGUGGCUAAACACAAGGAGGGGAAGUAUUUCCAUAUUCUAUUUUUUUACUUUAGCCAGAGAGAAAUUGGUUUAUGUUUUUGUUAUAUUUGUGCACUAGAUAAUGUGUGAUUAGAUUUUUGCAACUUUCAAUUAGAUGUCCAUCUUACCAUGCUGUCCAAACUUUGCAGCCUUUGGAGAAAUGGCAAAUAUCUAUAUUCUUUUUAGCAUAUGAAAACAAUUUCUAAUUUAUCUUUUGUACAGUUGACAAUCAUGUUGACAAUGUCACUUAUCUGAUUAAACAGAGUUAAUGACUUGGU